CCGCCGCCUCGCAUCUUCCACCCGGGGCCACCGAGCCGCGGGCAGGGACUGGGGGGCCGAGGAAGACAUGGUAAAGUCAGGUGCACAGAAGCAGCGAUAAAGCGAGAGCGGCGUAAGUAUUUGACCUGAAAGUCUGACUGGCAGCCAGAGGAUCGAACCCUUUACGGAGCACCGCGCCAAAAACAGUCAAGUCCCGCGCCCAAGUCAGUGCCGGGCGCCCCAGGAUCCUCUUGGUGGGGCAGCGCCUUGCCCUGUGGAAGGUGCGGAGCUUGGGGGACCUGCACUGGCGCUCAUCGUGGCCCACCAGGAAAAGUGGGGGCGAGGUAAACAGCGGUGAGCGCAGAGUGCGAGGCCAAACUGCCACUGCUUCCCGCUGUGCUUCCUCCCUCCAGCCCUCCGCCGCUGGCGCUCGGCUCCUGCGCCUUCGCUUCGUGUUUGAAUCUGGCUCGCCCCUCCGUAUUAUGUCUGCACUCCGAAGGAAAUUUGGGGACGAUUACCAGGUAGUGACCACCUCGUCCAGCGGCUCGGGCUUGCAGCCCCAGGGGCCCGGCCAGGGCCCGCAGCAGCAGCUUGUACCCAAGAAGAAGCGGCAGCGGUUCGUGGACAAGAACGGCCGGUGCAAUGUACAACACGGCAACCUGGGCAGCGAAACCAGCCGCUACCUCUCGGACCUCUUCACCACCCUGGUCGACCUCAAGUGGCGCUGGAACCUCUUCAUUUUCAUUCUUACCUACACGGUGGCCUGGCUCUUCAUGGCGUCCAUGUGGUGGGUGAUCGCCUACACACGGGGCGACCUAAACAAAGCCCACGUCGGCAACUACACGCCCUGCGUGGCCAAUGUCUAUAACUUCCCCUCCGCCUUCCUCUUCUUUAUCGAGACUGAAGCUACCAUCGGCUAUGGCUACCGCUACAUCACAGACAAAUGCCCCGAGGGCAUCAUCCUCUUCCUCUUUCAGUCCAUCCUCGGCUCCAUCGUGGACGCCUUCCUCAUUGGUUGCAUGUUCAUCAAGAUGUCCCAGCCAAAGAAGCGCGCGGAGACCCUUAUGUUUAGCGAGCACGCGGUGAUCUCUAUGAGGGAUGGAAAACUCACGCUCAUGUUCAGGGUGGGCAACCUGCGCAACAGCCACAUGGUGUCCGCGCAGAUCCGCUGUAAGCUGCUAAAAUCUCGGCAGACACCUGAGGGUGAGUUCCUUCCCCUUGACCAACUUGAACUGGAUGUAGGUUUUAGCACAGGGGCAGAUCAACUUUUUCUUGUUUCCCCUCUCACGAUUUGCCACGUGAUCGAUGCCAAAAGCCCCUUUUAUGAUCUGUCCCAGAGAAGCAUGCAAACUGAACAGUUCGAGAUUGUCGUCAUUCUAGAAGGCAUUGUGGAAACAACUGGAAUGACUUGUCAAGCUCGAACAUCAUACACAGAAGAUGAAGUUCUGUGGGGUCAUCGGUUUUUCCCUGUAAUUUCCUUAGAAGAAGGAUUCUUUAAAGUUGAUUACUCCCAGUUCCAUGCAACAUUUGAAGUCCCCACCCCACCAUAUAGCGUGAAAGAACAGGAGGAAAUGCUUCUUAUGUCAUCCCCUUUAAUAGCACCAGCCAUUACAAACAGCAAAGAAAGACAUAAUUCUGUGGAAUGCUUAGAUGGACUAGAUGAUAUUAGUACAAAACUUCCAUCUAAGCUUCAGAAAAUUACUGGAAGAGAAGACUUUCCGAAAAAACUAUUGAGGAUGAGUUCGACAACUUCAGAAAAAGCCUACAGUUUAGGAGAUUUGCCAAUGAAACUUCAACGAAUAAGUUCAGUUCCUGGAAACUCAGAAGAAAAACUGGUCUCUAAAACCACCAAGAUGUUAUCUGAUCCUAUGAGCCAAUCUGUGGCUGAUUUGCCACCAAAGCUUCAAAAGAUGGCUGGAGGAGCAGCCAGAAUGGAAGGGAAUCUUCCAGCCAAAUUAAGAAAAAUGAAUUCUGAUCGAUUUACAUAACAGAAUAUUCCCUUAGACAUUACUUAUUGUUUGAUUUAGUUAUAGUCCAAUAUUUGGCUGAUGAGGUUAUACUCUCUAAGGAAUCUGAAAGGCACAUUUUCUCACCAGUCUUACACACAUAUUUGAGAAUCCUUUCUUUCUAAGCAUUGCUGUUGUGCACAAAGCAAACCUGUGAUGGGAGGACCUCACAAAAAGUUAUUACAGGCAUGUAUUAUCACAUCAAGCAUGCAAUAAUGUGCAUAAUUUGCAUUUAGUUUUAUGGCAUGAUUUAUAUAUGGUAUAUUUAUAUUGUAUAUUCUGGAAAUAUAUAUAUAUUUAAAGAAGUGGUACUCUCCACAACAUUUCUAACAUGUAUUAAGCCAAACAUGAGAGGAUAGCUUUCAGUGAGAUAUAUAUAUAUCUAUAUCUAUCUAUAUAUAGAUAGAUAUAGAUAUAUAUACUCACACACACAUAUAUAUCUGAUAAAAUUGUGAUGUUUUGUUCAAAGUUGUAGUUCUUGUGCAUGUUUACUUUAUUAAGUUAGGAGACUUCUGGCAUUAAUUAUUAAUACCAAAUAUUUUAGCCUUAAAUUAUUUGUCAUUUAAAAAUUCUAAUUUAAUGUUUUUGCUACCUAAGGUCCUGGGAGGUUUUCAAUUAUAACUUUAUAUGAAGGAGUCACACAAGUUUGUGCUAUUUAUGGCCCUGCAAAAAUAUAGCCAUUAUAUUUCUAUAUCUAUAUAUAUAUAUAUAUAUGUAUAUAUAUAUAUAUAUAUAUAUAUUUAACUUGUAAAUUUUAGAGCAUACUAAUAUGCUGAAAAUUUCUUAUAAUUUUAAAAAAGUUGCUAGUACUGGGAGGAAAUAAAAUUGAUUAAUUUGACAAUCGAUCCUUCCCUGUACUAAUUAAAAUCUGAAAAUCUGUUUUAUAUAUGAUCCAAUACAAAUAUGAGCUCUGAACAAAUGCUGAAUCAUUGUAAUAGGCGGUAGCGAAGUUACAUUGAAUAUAUCAGAACCUGUGUGAAAUGACAUCCUUAAUGAUCCCUGUUUUGAAUUGAUUCAGCUAGUAGCAUUGCAUUCUUUUUCUGGAACUUCUUGAGGUGAUGCAACAAUAUAGUGAAACAGAUGAUACAUAUUCAUGUUUAAAAUAUGUCGGUGUAAUUGAAGUCCUUUUUUUCUGCUGUUUUGUUUGUGGCCUUUGUUGUAACACGAUAAACUUUUUUUUUCACCUGGGAAACCUCUCACACUCCAUGGCUGUUGCUCAGCUCAAGAGAAACCCUUGAGAUCAUUUACACUUAGAUGAAUUAAAGAUAUUUUGCCCAAGUUUUUUGUUUGUUUUGGUGAACACUGAUAUUAUUGGUGUAUUGGAUGCCUGUUCUACCAAAAUAAUUUUUGCCGUACUGUUUUUCUAAACCUAAGGCCUGAUAUUUAUGAUUCAUUAGUGAGAAUUACUACUGUUGUUCAGUAGAACAUUUACAAAACAAAUAUAUGGAGUACAGAAAUUUUAAUGAAAAUGUUUAAGUGCUCUUUAUCAGGAUAUGGACUUUCCUAUAAAUUUGAGUUGGGAUUUUCAACCUAAAUUUGCCCAGAAUUAAUCUGUUUCUGCUCAUUGAAAUGUAAAUUCUUAAACAUAGGUUUGGACUCCCAACUUUAUUCAUUUUUAUUAAUCUUAUGAUGAUUAUCUUCUUGGAAAAUUGAUUAAAAAAAAUAAAAGUUCUACAAUUGACUACAAUACUACCUUUGGCUACCUCUUUAGCAACUAAAUUCUGUAGGUGCAAAUAUAUACCAGGGAAUUCUUAUUGGCGGAGUGAUCAAUCUGGAACAUCCAUCCACUGUGAAGAAGCUAGUUACCCUAGCCUUUGAUAGCCAACCUUUCUUAUUUGCUGGUCACAGUCAAUGAACUAGUAACAGGGAGAGAAUGGGAUCCAGGAAGCAUUGUGUAUUUAUUAGCUGUGGAGAAACUGCACAGAUCAUUAAGUCUAACCACGCAAAACUAAAUAGAGCCAUCAUUUAAUUUGGACAGUCAUUUAAAUUUGUCUUUGGUACCAAGGAGAAUAUGGGACCAAAAUUAAGGUCCCUGAAUGUAUUUGUUUAUUCCACAGCAGUUUUGCAUGUCUUUUAUGUCCUAGGCAUUUUUAGCUCCUGGGAUUAUGAACACAACUAAGUUAGAGGAUAUCACUGCCCAUUGAACAUUGUCUAAUGAUAGGAGAUUGGGAAGGGGAUACAGUGGAGAUUAACGAAAACUAAAUAGUAUGUUUUUCAGAUAGUCAAAGUAUCUGACUUUAGGGAAGGAAAAGAGAGUAAAUGACCAAGUGGAAUAAGAAUUGAUUUUCAAAGUGGUGACUGAUGUAGCAAGGAGUCAUAAUUAAAUCAGUCACUAACUGAUAAGAAAGAACCACUCUUGACAAAGUUAAUUUUAUUUUCUGAAUCUUUUUCUUUUUUCUUUUCUACAUAUUAUGAAUGGGAAAGGUAUGAUUUUGGCAUGUAACUACAGGUUUGCCCUAUUGCUAAGUUGAUCACAUGAUCUCAGUUUACCAGGAAAGCUCUAGUUGAUACUUGUUGCUGUGUAAUUAUUAGUAGAACUCCCUUUUACUCUUAGAAUGUCCAGGUUUGAUGAUAUAUGGUGACUCAAUGUUUUUGUUGAAACUAAACUAUGAAGUCUGAUAUAUUUGGAUAAAAAUAAAGAAUUGUUUUUUUCUUCUUCUUUUGCUGAUUUUUUUGACACUGAUCAUUCCAAACAAAAUCAUGUCAGUUUUAUAUAUUUUGGCCUAGAGGACUUCUUAUCAAAGUGACUUCAUGUUAUGAUUGUCCUAUACAUGCCAUAUUUUCUCAGACAUGAAAUGCUAUACAUUGUAUUGACUGAGUAAAAAAUAAGUAAAUAAACCUCCAGUAUAUCCAUUUCAGAAAACUUUAAGAGCUCAGAGACAUGUCAACUUAACCACGACAAUUUACAGUCCAUCAGGUGGUAACUAACAAUAGGAAAGUGAAAUGCAUUGUUUCUACUGAACUACAUAAUUCUACUUAAAAAUGAAAACUAGUCCCUUCAGAUGAGAUCUUCAUGGUAUGCAUCCUUCCAUAGUAAAUGAUUGAUUCUAUCAAAAUGAUGUAAAUAAAAUAGAUAUUUUGAUAAUGCUUAUCCUUAUUCAUCCUUUUCAGCAACAUGUAAGUAUACUUUGUAAAUAGAUACCAAAUUAAAAAUAAGGAUAUUUUAUCAGCAAUUAAUCAUUUCUGCAGGAAAUUUUAUGCUGUUAAAAAUGCAUCCAUCCAUAUAUGAUUUUUAACACUAUGAAAACAUUUGUUUUAGAAAUUUUGCUUCAUCUAUAGAGUGGAACCAGAUAGAUUAUUUCUAUUGGAGGAAGAGUGAUAUAUUUGAGAAGAUGGCUUAUAUUCUAUUUUGUUAUAAAAAAUUUCUACUACUACUAAGAAAAGAAUUUGGGCUGCACAGCACAUCUGUGAGUUCUACUUCAAAGCUGAAUUACAUUGUACAUAUUCAAGCUAUCAUUCAACUUACUGCAUUGUAUGUCAUGCAACAUAAUUAUUUAAAUGUACAAGGUCAAUUUAAGUUACAAAAAUAAAAAACUUAUGUAUUCAUUA